AUGGAGCUGGGAGUAUCAGGGACGCUUCUCCUUGCCGUCUUGGUCAGCCUUAUCCUGUAUUUCUUCACAUGGAGGAGGAAACUAAAAAAAAAAAAUCUGCCCCCCGGACCACCACCACUGCCCAUACUGGGCACCAUGCUGCACGUGAGCACUAAAGAAAUGCCCCAGUCUUUGAUGAAGCUUAGUGAGACCUAUGGGCCGGUGUUCACCAUCUACCUGUCCAGUGCACCAGCGGUGGUCUUGGCCGGCUAUGAUUGUGUGAAAGAGGCUUUGAUAGACAAUGGGCAUAUGUUCAGUGUCAGAGGGCCUUCAGAAUUGGGUAAUUUGCUCUUCAAAGGUUGUGGAGUGAUAUUAACCAAUGGUGAAAGAUGGAAACAGCUGCGCAGGUUUUCUCUCACUACUCUGAGAAAUUUUGGUAUGGGGAAGAGGAGCAUUGAAGAACGUAUACAAGAGGAGGCGCGUUACUUGGCAGAAGAGAUUAAGAAGAAUGGAGGAACGCCCUUUGACCCAACAUAUCUAUUGACCUUGGCGGUGUCCAAUGUUAUCUGCUCGAUAGUGUUUGGAGAACGUUUUGACUAUAAAGAUAAUAAGUUCAAGACACUUCUUACCUUACUAAAAGAAAUGUUCCUACUUAUGUCUUCUGCUUGGGGAAUACUUCUCAAUAUCUUUCCCAAGACUCUCCACUUUCUUCCCGGACCCCACCAAAAGAUAUUUACAAAUCUGGAAAAACUGAAGGACUUUGUGGCAGAAUCCUUGGAAAGCCACAAAGCGACACUUGAUCCUAAUUGUCCUCGGGACUUCAUUGACUGCUUCUUAAUAAAGAUGGAAGAGGACAAGAACAAUCCGAAAACGGAAUUCCACUUUGAUAAUUUAUUUGGCACGGUCAUUGACCUCUUCUUUGCUGGCACAGAAACAACAAGCACAACCCUGAAAUAUAGUUUACUCUAUCUGCUCAAAUACCCUGAUGUGCAAAGAAAAAUUCAUGAGGAGAUGGAUCAGGUGAUUGGCCAGAAUCAAUGUCCUUCAGUAGAAGACCGAGUCCAGAUGUCAUACAUGGAUGCUGUUAUCCAUGAAAUUCAAAGGUUUGCUGACAUCACACCUUUGGCACUUCCACACUCAACCAUUCAAGACACGAAAUUCAGAGGAUACCACAUUCCCAAGGACAUUAUUAUUUUCCCCUUGCUGACCUCCGUCUUGAAGGACCCCAAAUGUUUUAAGAACCCGAAAAAUUUUGAUCCUACAAAUUUUCUGAAUGACAAUGGCAGCUUCCAGAAGAAUGAGGCCUUUGUACCUUUCUCCCUAGGCAAAAGAAGUUGCAUUGGAGAGGGUCUGGCACGGAUGGAAAUAUUUCUUUUUCUUACCACCAUAUUACAAAAAUUUUACCUGAAAUCAGAAGUGGCUCCCGAGGAUCUUGAAAUAAUCCCAGAACCAAACAAAAAUGGAGGAGUACCAAGGACCUACCAGAUGUAUGUGACCCCCAGAUGACCAAAGUACUCCAAAGAAGCUUUAAUUAAUUUCUUAGUAAUUAAAGGGGUUGUCUCACUUCAGAAAAAGGCAUUUAUUAUGUAGACAAAGUUGUCUACUUUGAUGGCUUGAUUCAUUUCUUUCAUCACAUUAUAUACUGCUCGUUUCCAGAGGUUAUGGCUACUGCUGAGGCACAGAUGAAAGGCGGCAAGGACGGGAGCUGCUGUGCAUGUGUGCCUAUUAGCACUCCUAUGGUCCCGGCCACCAGGGAGGCCGGCCCUUAAUCCUAUAGUGUGCAAGCAUAUCCACCGCUGCUGGAUUGCUGGGUGGUCAUAACCCCUGGAAACGAGCAGUGUAUAAUGUGAUGAAAAAAUGAAUCCAGGCAGCAAAGGAGGCAAUAUGGACAACCGCAAUACAUUAGUAAGUGUAUGUGCUCACUUUGUCUACAUGACAAAUGGAAUUUGCUGAAGUGAGACAACCCCAUUAAAUCUUUUCAAUGAAUAACAUGAGUUUGUCAUAUAUGUAGAAUUUUCUAAGGAUGAAACACCUGUAAUAUGUGAAAACGUACACUAUGAUAUACAGUACUCUUUGUAUAUUUUACAAACUAAAAACCCUGCUAUACUUAAUAUAGCCAA